AUGGACCUCCUGUUUUUGCUCCUACUGCUGCUGUUGCUGCCCCAGGCAAAUACCGAGAAGCGGAGAAUCCAAUGUUCCCUGACUUUGGAGCAGCAGCGAGGGGUGAAGCCGUGGAAUCAUUACAGUCAAGGAGAUCAUCUGAUUAAGGUCAACAAGAAAAGCCAUCUCCGGCACAACCUCACACUGGGUUACAAUAUCCAUGACAACUAUAUGAACACCAUUGUGACUUCAGAUGCCUUGCUGGACAUCCUCUCUACUGGAGAAGCCAAUGUUCCCAACUAUAGCUGUGGAAAAAAGGACAAUCUCUUGGCUCUUAUUGAUGCAAGUGAUGAUGACAUCUCUGUGCAGAUAUCCACUGUGGCAGGGUUCUACAAAAUCCCACAGAUUGCUUAUAAAAGUGUUUCAGACACUCUGAGUGACAAAACUCAUUUCCCUUUUCUCCACCAAAUGGUCCCCAAAGAAAGAAUCCUGCCGGAGAAGAUGCAUCGAGAAAGCACCAUUGGAUAUGCUACAGGAAAGGAGAGGAAUCCUGAUUUCAAAUGA